AUGAUCUUGAGCGACGUGCUACAACAAAACCCUGAGCUCGACCGGUUCGAGCUCAACGAAAUACUCGACUUCAUCAGGGCGGCGUGCGAGGUCCGCGAUGAUAUUGCAGGUGUUCAGCAUACAACACUCAACACUGAGUCCACCCACGCACCAACGUAUCUUCCUCAUAUCCACCAAGUCUUUAUAUCCCGCUCUGCUUCUAUCCAGCUCCGGAUGGUGCCCGUUCUUUGGCGAGCACUCAGAGAUCACGUCUGGAACAUGCCGCGUCUGUUUGAGCGGCAACAGGAUUUAGUUAGCCGUUUCGAGGAGUGGGGAUGGGACCUGGGCAUAAGUAAGUCUCUGUGGACGCUCUGUCCACCGUCACGAAAGUGCGACAACCCGCAAUGCCCCAAUGUUGACCGUGACAUCGAGAUGCGCACUAUAGACGUGCACGAUGCAGUCCUUUUCACCAAGUCCUUCGGCCCUCAGAGCGCCAAGCAGCUCUCGUUCACAUGUCAAGCAUGCAGGCGAAACUAUCGUCACAACUACUUCGUUCACAACAACUCCAAGACCCGAACAUACUAUAUCGACCUGCCCGAUCACAUUCAAGUCGGAGAACAUCACUUCGCUGAGACAGAGCUGGUAAAGGAGUGGACGGACAGUAUGGUCGUCAGCCAUACUUCGGCCACAAAUCUUGCUACAGCCUACGAGUUGUCACGCACCCGCCACCUCGACUUGUACUACUCUCGGCCCCGUGUCUCCCACACCGACGCCAAGCUACCCUAUAGCGGUAUUCUUAGUGCCGAGCAGGUCUGGCAUGGGUUUGUCAUCCUCGCACUCCUCCGAAACUACAGAGUUCGCCAUGCUCCUCUCUCCGUUCCGCAUGAUGGCAGUCAACGCGCCCGGUUCGAGGAAGCGAUGAAGCAACAAAACGAGCGGGUUGUCAAGCAUGGCCAGCCCGAGAUAACGCACUACUGCGACGCAUGCAUGCGUGUAUUCCGCGUGUGGAAUGAAGCUGGUGAAUAUGAGCUCUACAAAACCCAGGUAGUCGUUGCAGAUGGGCUGACAAUCGGCCACCCAUGUUGCAAGGACUUUCGAUGCCCCGAUCCCCUUCAGACCGCGCACGACCAUUUCUGUAAGCGUCACUACAAUCUACACAACAUUUGCUACGUCAAGACCUGCGACCAGCCGUCUACAACUACCGCUACAACAUCGAAGACAUGCACACGAGCGGAUCAUCAAGAAAUGGAGCGGCAGACUCGCGAGCGCACGACUGCCAUGUUUGCGUUGACUCGCAAGCGUGAGGCCCAGAAAAGGCUCGCUCGCACUGCCGACUCGACUGCCCCCACCGCAGCUGAUCUUGAGUUCGACGACGCAGAGGAGUGGUACGAGCCCGACGAUGCUGGAAAUCUCUCCCAGCGUAUCAACACCCGCCCAGUUAAUGUUGGAGUGUCCGACGAGGUUGCAUCGCAGGACCAGCGUGCCUGCCCAGGCAAGACACCACGUGCGCAGAAGAUUAUGCUCGCCCGACGCCGUACCGCCUGCGAGGUCACAUACGUUAGGCCGUGUGGUAUAAUAGUAGGCCGAGCUACUAUGUUUGGUGCUGAAGCCGUAUCCAAUGUUCUCGACAUGGGGGAGACGCUCUUCACCGUCCCCGGCGCGCGUAAACCUGAGCAUUUCAUCUACGACACUGCCUGUGAUGCCCACCGACAAGCACAGAACCGCCAGAGCAACUUCUGGAAGGGCACUGGUAUGUGCGUCGACGUAUGGCACCUCAAGAAUAAACACAAGACUACUCACGACUACUGCCGCAUCAACUGCAACCCUGCAAACUAUCCAGAGCUCAAGACACCCGACGGCAAAGGUUGGUACUUCAAUACGUCCGUUGCCGAGCAAGUAAACGUGUGGCUCGGAGGUUAUCAGGCUAUAGUUCGAGAGAUGCUCCCGACGAAGUUUAAUUUUUUUCUUGAUGAGAUGGUCCGCCUCAGGAACAUCAACACUAUUGAGUCUCUCAAGCGUAAGGAUUUAGUACCUUCAUACCAUCCUGUUGAAUCAUAG